ACCUUCACUUCCGCGGCUCACCGAGAUUCCUCCAACAUGGCGGCUGUUACGACACCAGCGGCUCCGGGACACACAGCUCAAGCCCCUCUGCCAGGGUUCGAGGACGGACCCCCGGUCAUUGAGGGGUUCAACCCGUCCAUCCUGACCAGGGACGAGACGUUCAAAGAGAAACUCUCGAGGAAAACCAAGGAGAACCCGUUCGUCCCCAUAGGUUGUUUGGCAACGGCGGGAGCACUGAUAUUUGGACUCCGUUCCUUCCAACAAGGGAAGACCAGGCAGUCCCAGCUGCUGAUGAGGGGACGUAUCGCUGCUCAGGGAUUCACUGUAGUUGCCAUUAUUAUCGGUGUCUUUACCACGGCUCUGCGAUCCAAGUAGCGGCGACCCCUUCCACACCUCGUGCCAUUAUUGAUUUCAUUUUACCACCACACUACUCGCAGAAAACCCCGGUCCAGCUCAGAGCCACUGAGCAAAGUAUUGUUUUCAACAUUGUAUUUAUGUUGUUUGAAAACAACUCAUGGUGGUAAAAUAAUUUAUUUCAGGAUAUAACUAUGGACAAACUUAAUACAAUAUGAUUCUGACCUGACCAAGGAAGCGAGGAUGAUUUUUUUUAUUUAACGAUGCUAUAAUAGCACCAAAGCAAAAUUACAAAUAAUAUAAAUGGUUUCUUGCUUCUUGCUCUUCUUGAAUCACCACUAGAAUUAUCUAUACAACACCUGACCUUCUUCUGAUAUAUAAAUGUAAAUUUCAAUCUGGUGUCCUGUGUGUUAUUUACAAUAAAACAUCACACUCACAA